CUCUCUCUCUCUCAACCCCCCCCCCCCCCCAAAGAUGGCUGCAGAAGCAACGGCAGAGAAGAAACUUGCGGAUUUUGAACCUCAAAAGAAACCCAAAAGGAACAAGUAUGCUUCUGCUUGUGCCAUCCUCGCCUCCAUGACUUCCAUCCUACUCGGUUAUGAUAUAGGGGUGAUGAGUGGAGCGGCCAUGUAUAUAAAGAGAGACCUCAAGGUGUCGGACGUCCAAAUCGAGAUCUUGAUGGGGAUAAUCAAUCUCUACUCUCUCAUAGGGUCUUGCCUCGCCGGAAGAACCUCCGACUGGAUUGGCCGGAGAUAUACCAUUGUGCUGGCCGGAGGGAUCUUCUUCGCCGGGGCCAUUCUCAUGGGAUUCUCCACCAACUACGCUUUCCUCAUGUGCGGUCGAUUCGUCGCCGGCAUUGGUAUCGGUUACGCCCUCAUGAUCGCCCCCGUCUAUACCGCCGAGGUCUCGCCGGCUUCCUCUCGUGGCUUCCUCACUUCCUUCCCUGAGGUUUUCAUCAAUGGAGGAAUAUUACUUGGAUACAUUUCAAACUACGCAUUUUCGAAGCUGCCGCUUCGCUUGGGCUGGCGGCUCAUGCUGGGAGUCGGCGCCAUUCCUUCUGUAAUUCUAGGCGUGGGGGUCUUGGCCAUGCCAGAGUCUCCUCGCUGGCUCGUUAUGCGCGGUCGGCUCGGCGAAGCCAGACGAGUUCUCGCCAAGACCUCAGACUCCAAGGAAGAGGCUCGGCUCAGGCUAGCCGACAUCAAGGAAGCCGCCGGUAUCCCGGAAGGCUGCAACGACGACGUCAUUCAUGUGACUGCAAAGCAAAAUCUAGGCGAAGGAGUUUGGAAAGAACUGUUCCUCCACCCAACGCCAGCCGUCCGUCACAUCGUGAUCGCCGCCCUGGGAAUUCACUUCUUCCAACAAGCCUCCGGCAUAGACGCCGUCGUUUUGUACAGCCCAACGAUCUUCAAAAAAGCCGGCAUCACUUCCGACACUGAUCUGCUUCUCGCCACCAUAGCCGUCGGAUUCGUGAAGACCAUCUUCAUCCUGGUGGCGACGUUUAUGUUGGAUCGCGUCGGGCGACGCCCGUUAUUGUUGAGUAGUGUUGGUGGGAUGGUACUUUCACUCGUCACUCUGGCGGCGACCCUCACGGUCAUCGACCAUUCGAAGGCCAAGUUAAUGUGGGCCAUUGUUUUGAGUAUAGCAAUGGUGUUGUCGUACGUGGCUACAUUUUCUAUCGGAGCGGGUCCCAUCACAUGGGUUUAUAGCUCGGAGAUAUUUCCGUUGAAGCUACGCGCUCAGGGUGCGGCUGCGGGAGUGGUGGUGAAUAGGGUGACAAGUGGGGUGAUCUCAAUGACCUUUUUGUCCUUGGAGAAGGCCAUUACAAUAGGUGGGGCCUUCUUUCUGUUUGGGGGAAUUGCGACCGUUGGAUGGAUCUUCUUCUUCACCAUGCUCCCGGAAACACAAGGGAAAACCCUAGAAGAAAUGGAAGGGUCUUUUGGUAAAUUCAGGAAAAAUUCCAGCACUGCUAACGGAGUCAACCAUGUCCACAAAGUUAACGGUAACGGCCAAAUCCAACUAAGUUGAAUUUGGUGAAGGCGUGUUUAGGGGGAUCAAAAUCAAUAAUAUUGUUAAAAAGCUGCAAAUACUGAUUAGUCAUAAAGAUGUCAAGGUGAUGCAGAUGGUUGCGAGUUUGAGGAAAACACUUACGCACGAGAAAUUGUGAUGAUCAAAAUAUUCGACAUUAGCAAAUGUCAAGCUAUCAAAUAUGAGAAAGAUAAAUAGCAAGAAGGAAUCACAUCAAUUUGAUUGCCAUAUUAGAACAUAAAUGGAGUUUUGGUUGGCUGUACAACAUGCUAAAAUUAAUAACACAAUAUUUAAAUUUAAA